GCUCCACGUGCGGCAGCCGCCUCUGCUCUCGAUCGCGGCAGCGUCGACGAUUCCUCCUGGACGGCGGCGACGACGGACGAUCGCCUGCAUGUUCCAUUGAUUGGAGUGCGGCGCGACGAGCAAGACUAAAUCAUGAAUCAUCCAGAGUACUUAUCUGUGAGGUUUCAUUUUCGUGGCGAAUUUGAACACGAUGGGAAGGAGUGGAUGUAUAAAGGGGGAAGCACAUGCAUGUCCACAGUACAUAUGUCGAAGCUCUCGUUGCCUGAACUGAAGAAGCAUCUUGCAGAUCAUGUAAGCUGCUCAACAACUUUUCUUGAGAAGACAUCAUUGUGUUGGAAGAUUCCUCGCAAAACAUGUAGAGCUGCAAUGAUAUGGCUUGAAGACCAAUCAUCAAUCAGGUCCAUGGUCAAAUAUGUUACAGAUGCAGAUAUCAUGGACUUGUAUGCAAGGCAUCCUACUGAAGAAGAGUUCGAGGAGCAUGUAGAUGUGAGAGAAAAUGUACCACAGACAAUGCAGAACAAAGAUGUUUUUGGAGGAGAUGCAGAUCCAACCGACAGGGACAAACAAGAGCAUGAUCGAACUGAUAGAUACAAUACAGAACAUAACGAUGCAGCAAAGAGUCCAACUUUUGGAGCUUUAAUGGAGGCAAAAGGAAAAGGAAUUAAAGAAACAACUUCAGAUGAAUAUUCCGACUCGGAAGACAGUGAUUUCUUGUGUGAUCAUGAUGCCGAUGACAGCAAUAGCUCCGCUGAAGAUGAUGAAGCAAUUUCAUACAGGCUGCAAGCAAGGGAACUGAAGAAGAAAAUAAAGAAGAAAAUGCUAGGUGAAGAAGAAAUAAAAGGAUGCACUGUGCCUGAAGAAUUCAUUGUGUCGGAAGUUAACGAAGAAGAAGAAGAUGGAGAGGAGGAACAGUUCCAGGACAGUGAAGAUGAAUUGUCAUAUUCAGAGGAUAGUGAUGGGGAAGUCAAGACAAGGAAAACCAAGCAUAGGGUGUAUGAUGAAAAUGCAGAAGUGCAAGAGUUUGAACUUUGAACUUGGGCUAGCAUUUACUGACAGCAGGCAGUUCAAGCAAGCCUUAAUUAAUUAUGGGCUGAAGAUUUUUCACCAUUUGUUGUUCCCAAAGGAUGAGAGGACUAGGGUAGAAGCAAAGUGCACUUUUCCCGGAUGUCCAUGGAGAAUUUAUGGAUCUAUUAGUGGUAAGUCCAUAUGGAUGGUUGUCACUAGAUUGAGAAAUAAACACAUUUGUGUACCAAGGAGGGACAACAAGCUAGUGACAAGUGUGGUGAUUGCAGAGAAAUAUUUCAGAGAAAUUAGAGAUAAUCCUGGUUGGAGGGUGGAGAAGAUGCAAGAAGCUGUGCUUGCAGACUUGUGUGCAGAGGUAAGCAUUGCCAAAUGCAAGAGAGCAAAGAAGAUUGUUAUGGAGAGACUAAUUGACUCAACAAAUGGGGAAUUUUCUAGGGUCUUCGACUACCAUCUAGAGCUAGUGAGAAGCAAUCCAGGAAGUAUAGUUGCAGUAACAUUGAACCCAGAUGUUGUUGAUAGACCAGUGUUCGAGAGGAUGUAUGUGUGCCUUGAUGCCUGCAAGAAAGGUUUCAUGGCAGGUUGUAGAAGAGUUGUGGGGCUGGAUGGAUGCUUUCUGAAGGGAGCAGUAAGUGGACAAUUGUUGUGCGCUGUAGGAAGAGAUGCUAACAAUCAAAUGUACCCAAUUUCGUGGGCAUGUGUUGAAGUUGAGAGUUAUGACAGCUGGUAUUGGUUCUUGUCAUAUCUUCAGAAGGACAUCCAAAUUAAUAAUCAUGGAGAAGGAUGGGUGAUUAUUUCAGAUCAACAAAAGGGGCUUAUCAAGGCGGUGAGUGAGAUAGUGCCGCAAGCAGAGCACAGGAUGUGUGCUAGGCAUAUUUAUGCUAAUUGGAAGAAAUUACAUAGAGACAAGAAAUUUCAGAAAAUGUUCUGGUGCUGUGCGAAGUCAUCUGAUAGAACUGGUUUUAACUAUCACAGGGCUAAGUUAGCUCAAAAAACUCCAGAAGGGGCAAAAGACAUGAUGAAAACAUCUCCUGAACAUUGGAGCAGAGCUUUCUUCAAGUUGCACAAUAACUGUGAUUCAGUGGAGAACAACCUGUGUGAGUCAUUCAACAAUGCUAUCAUCAGAUCUCGAUUCUAUCCUAUAAUCACUUCAAUGGAGAUUAUUAGGAAGAAAGUAACUGUGAGGAUUCAGGAAAACAGGACAAAGUCAGAGAAAUGGCAUGGUACAAUUUGUCCAAAUAUUUUUAAAAAGUUGAAGUUAAACAUCAAGAGAUCUGCUAUUUGCCAAGUGUUAUGGAAUGGGAAAGAUGGUUUUGAGGUUCAAGAAGGAGAGCACAGGAGAUUUACAGUGAACUUGGAGAAUUUGACUUGCUCUUGCAGGUACUGGGAACUAUCUGGGUUGCCUUGUUGUCAUGCAAUUACUGCAAUUUAUAGAGUGCACAAGGAACUUGAUGAUUUCAUUGCACCUUGCUACAAGAUCAGCGAAUACAAUCC